AUGGAUCACUUAGGGAUACUUGGGGCGCAUCUGCAGCAGCACGCGCACGUGGAGCCCAUCAGUUUCGGCAUCGAUCAGAUCCUCAGCAACGUGGAGCAGAGCUGCAUGCUGGGCGCGAGGAUGCACGAACCGGACUACGGACACCCGGCCUACGGCAGCGGCGCGAGCGGCGGCGGUAACGGCGGAGGCUUCACGUGCGGGAACACCGGAUAUAGCGGUGGCGGCAGCUCGUGCGGAAUGGCUUCCCUCGGCGGAGCUUAUCACAUGAACAUGGGCGUGAAUAUGAACGGAACUAAUGUGAACGCCGCCGGAGUCAUCCGUGUCCCCGCGCACCGGCCUCUGAACGGCGGGAACCCCUCCGUGCCGCCGGUGAGCGGGACCAUUAACAACCUGACCGCGCUCACCUUCCCCUGGAUGGAGAGCAACCGACGCUACACCAAAGACAGGUUCACAGUGUCCCUCUCACCCCUCACUGUGACACGUCGUGUAGGUCAUCCUUACCAGAACCGGACGCCUCCUAAGAAGAAGAAGCCACGGACGUCCUUCACCCGCCUGCAGAUCUGUGAGCUGGAGAAACGGUUCCACCGGCAGAAGUACCUGGCGUCUGCUGAGCGAGCUGCCCUGGCCAAAGCCCUGAAGAUGACUGACGCUCAGGUCAAAACCUGGUUCCAAAACAGACGCACCAAAUGGAGGCGGCAGACGGCGGAGGAGCGGGAGGCCGAGCGGCAGCAGGCCAACAGGAUCCUCAUGCAGCUGCAGCAGGAGGCCUUCCAGAAGACCAUCAACCAGCCGGUGACCCCGGACCCGCUGUGCCUGCAAAACAGCUCUCUGUUCGCCCUGCAGAACCUGCAGCCCUGGACCGAGAAUACCGCCAAGAUCAGCAGCGUGUCGGCCUGCGAGUAGAGCCAACACACGGCCUGCGGUCGGUACCUGUAGCCGGUACCGACCGACUGCUGGAGGGCGGAGACAUGGGCUGUAGCCCGCUGUGGGGCACCGAGCAGAGGAGGUCCCGGUGCUGGACACUGUUUGAUAGAUGCUGGUUAUCAGGUCACCUCCCUGCUCUUAUUA